GAAAAAGAAGAGAGGUUGGUGAGUGGAGAUCAGCAGUCUAUGGAGGAGGGUUGUCCUCUGUAUUCCCGGGAUUCCACCCAGGAAGAUCACACCUAUAAAGAGAUCGAGCAGGGUGAAGAACGGAAAGACAUCAAAGUUGAGGUUAAAGAGGAAGAAGAAGAGAGGUUGGUGAGUGGAGAUCAGCAGUCUAUGGAGGAGGGGGAGAUGAUUAUGGAAAGUAAACAGGAGGAAUCUUCUCUACAUCUGGACACAAAUGGACGCUUUGUUCUGAAAACCUCGGAGGGAGAUCCGAAUUUACCUCAAGAAUUCAAGGCAGAAGAUGAUGACAUCACACAAUGUUCUCCAGGAGAAGAUCCCAUUAUUCCAACCGCACAUUACAGACCUUCCCAUCUGGAGGGAUCAAUGGAUCCUUCUAAUCCUGAGGAACCUUCUGAUAAAUCCCAUACUAUGACAUCAGAUGUCCAUCUAUCCCAUACUAUGACAUCAGAUGACCAUCUAUCCCACACUAUGACCUCAGAUGUCCAUCUAUCCCACACUAUGACAUCAGAUGUCCAUCUAUCCCAUACUAUGACAUCAGAUGACCAUCUAUCCCAUACUAUGACAUCAGAUGACCAUCUAUCCCAUACUAUGACAUCAGAUGACCAUCUAUCCCAUACUAUGACCUCAGAUGACCAUCUAUCCCAUACUAUGACCUCAGAUGACCAUCUAUCCCAUACUAUGACCUCAGAUGACCAUCUAUCCCAUACUAUGACCUCAGAUGACCAUACUAUGACCUCAGAUGACCAUCUAUCUCAUACUAUGACAUCAGACGUCCAUCUAUCCCAUACUAUGACAUCAGAUGACCAUCUAUCCCAUACUAUGACCUCAGAUGUCCAUCUAAGAUCAAUGCAUCCUUCUAAUCUUGAGGAACCUUCUGAUAAAACCCAUACUAUGACAUCAGAUGUCCAUCUAAGUUCUCACAGUGCUGACCAAUCAACACAUCCACCCAAAUCCAAGGAGUCUUCUCUAUAUAACAGGAGUCACACGGGAGAGCGUCCUUUUUCAUGUUCAGAGUGUGGGAAGUGUUUUGCCACCAAAAGAACACUUGUUCGACACCUAAGCAUUCACACGGGAGAGCGCCCUUUUCCAUGUUCAGAGUGCAGGAAAUGUUUUUCGGACAAAGGAGCGCUUGUUAGACACCUAAACAUUCACACGGGAGAGCGUCCUUUUUCAUGUUCAGAGUGCGGGAAAUGUUUCAGUAAGAAAGAAAAUCUUCUUGUACACCAGAAAAGUCACACGGGUGAGCGUCCCUUUUCAUGUCCUGAGUGCGGGAAAUGUUUCACUACGAAAACGGGCCUUCAUAGACACCAGUCAGUUCAUACCGGUGAGCGUCCUUAUCCAUGUUCAGAGUGCGGGAAAUCUUUUACUCGGAAAGAAGAACUUGUUAAACACCAGAGAAGUCACACCGGUGAGCGUCCUUUUGCUUGUUCAGAGUGCGGGAAAUGCUUUUUUAGGGUUGAUCAUCUUCUUUUACACCAGAGACGUCACACGGGUGAAUGUCGUUUUUCUUGUUCAGAGUGCGGAAAAUGUUUCGCUGAGAACAACAGACUUCUUAUACACCAGAGAAUACACACUGGGGAGCGUCCUUUUUCAUGUUCAGAGUGCGGGAAAUGUUUUAUUGACAAAAGAGUACUUCAAACACAUCAAAGAAGUCACACGGAUGAGCGUCCUCAUUCAUGUACAGAGUGCGGGAAAUGUUUCAUUGUUAAAGCAACACUUCUUAGACACCAGAGAACUCACACGGGCGAGCGUCCUUUUUCAUGUUCAGAGUGCGGGAAAGGUUUCACUCAGAAAGGGAGCCUUCUUUUACACCAUAGAAGUCACACAGGUGAGCUUCCUUUUUCAUGCUCAGUAUGCGGGAAAUGCUUUCCUAGGGUUGACCGCCUUCUUUUACACCAGAGAAAACACACAGGGGAGCGUCCUUUUUCAUGUUCAGAGUGCGGAAAAUGUUUCAUUGAUAAAGGAACACUUCUGAGACACCAAAAGAUUCACACGGGUGAGAGUCCUUUUUUAUGUUCAGAGUGUGGGAAAAGUUUCACUUUAAAAAAGAACCUUCUUAGACACCAGAGAAUUCACACAGGUGAGCGUCGUUUUUCAUGUUCGGAGUGCGGGAAAUGUUUCGCCACGAAAAGGAGCCUUCUUAGACACCAGACAAUUCAUACCAGUGAGCGUCCUUUUUCAUGUUUAUAGUGCAGGAAAUGUUUUACUGACUAAGGAGCCCUGGCAAUACCCGCCGCCUUUCCUGGGCUCACCUGUCCGACCACGGAGCCCGAGACCGCUGCAACAUUGCACAGAGGGAGGGGAGCCAAAGACGUUCCUCCCCCUCUGGGAACCGAAAGCGACGAGGGGUCCUGAUUUCCGGGUCCUCCUCUCUGCUUACCUGAUUGGCCACAUUGGCACUUGUCAUGUCACCUGUAGCCAGAUGACAAGUGCACCCCGUUGGGGUCAGGGGUGCACCACAGGGUAGUGAACCUUAUAGCCGACUGCUGCGAACGGACCACAGAGCGGAUAUGGAGGAGAGGUUCGCUGGUGGGGCACAAACAGGGAUCCUACAGGCAGCUUGAGCCCAAGAUUCCCCUGGACGCGGAGUCGAAGACCCAGCUUGGUGU